AUGGAUUCUACACCAGACGCUAUAAGUCCCUCAAAGUCGAAUUCGUCUAUUGAUGAUGGAUUCGAAUCUAACAAUUCAAAAAUUAUCAACCAAAAGGAUGACAUUCAACAAUCUGAGUGUGAAAUUGAGUCCCCAAACAACAAUAAAAGUGCCUUAAUGGCCGUUGCACUUUCGUGUGGUAUGGUCGCUUUCGGUGGUUUCAUUUUUGGUUGGGAUACUGGUACUAUUUCAGGUUUCGUUGCUCAAACAGAUUUCUUAAGAAGAUUUGGUCAAAAAAAUGCAGAUGGUACCCACUAUUUGUCCAAGGUUAGAACUGGUCUAGUUGUCUCUAUUUUCAACAUUGGUUGUGCCAUCGGUGGUUUAGUUCUAGCCAAAUUGGGUGACACUCACGGUCGUAAAUUGGCUUUGGCUAUUGUCGUCUCCAUCUACAUUGUCGGUAUUGUUAUUCAAAUUGCAUCCAUUAACAAAUGGUACCAAUAUUUCAUUGGUAGAAUUAUUUCAGGUCUAGGUGUCGGUGGUAUUUCCGUUCUGUCGCCCAUGUUAAUUUCCGAGGUGUCUCCAAAGCAACUGAGAGGUACGUUGGUCUCCAGUUAUCAACUGAUGAUCACAUUGGGUAUCUUCCUAGGUUACUGUACCAACUUCGGUACCAAGAACUACGACAACUCUGUUCAGUGGAGAGUUCCAUUGGGGUUGAGUUUUGCCUGGGCUUUACUGAUGAUUGGUGGUUUGUCUUUUGUUCCAGAAUCCCCACGUUACUUGAUCGAAAAGGGUAGGAUGGAUGAAGCUAGAGAUUCUCUUGCCCAAGCCAACAAAUGUGCCCCAGAUCAUCCAUUUGUGCAACAUGAAUUGGAUACCAUUUCAGCUAGUGUUGAAGAAACCAGAGCUGCCGGUGAUGCCACGUGGAUGGAAUUGUUCAAACCAUUUAUGUUCAAGCGUACGUCUAUGGGUGUUAUGAUUCAAUCUCUACAACAGUUGACUGGUGACAAUUACUUUUUCUACUACGGUACUAUUGUUUUCAAGGCUGUCGGUUUGGAAGACUCGUUUGAAACCUCAAUUGUCUUCGGUGUUGUAAACUUCUUUUCCACCUGUUGUUCUCUAUACACUGUCGACAGAUUUGGCCGUCGUAACUGUUUGUUGUGGGGUGCCGUUGGCAUGAUUUGCUGUUACGUUGUAUAUGCCUCCGUCGGUGUUACCAGAUUAUGGGCUGAUGGUCAAGACAAUCCAUCCAAGGGUGCAGGUAACUGUAUGAUUUGCUUUGCCUGUUUCUACAUUUUCUGUUUCGCCACUACCUGGGCUCCAAUUGCCUACGUCAUUAUUUCUGAAACUUUCCCAUUGAGAAUCAAGUCCAAGGCUAUGUCUCUGGCUACCGCCUCCAACUGGAUUUGGGGUUUCUUGAUUAGUUUCUUCACUCCAUUCAUCACUCAAGCCAUCAACUUCUCGUACGGUUACGUUUUCAUGGGCUGUAUGGUUUUUGCCUACUUCUACGUCUUCUUCUUCGUCUCUGAGACCAAGGGUCUAACUCUAGAAGAAGUCGAAGUCAUGUACAGCGAAGGUGUUCUGCCAUGGAAGUCUUCUGCCUGGGUUCCACCUUCCAGAAGAGCUGCUGAUUAUGAUGUUGAUGCCUUGAUGCACGACGAUGUUCCCUUCUACAAGAGAGUCUUUGCCAGAAACUAA